AUCCAUUCGAUCGUUGUACCAACACACCUCCGACUCUCUCAUUAUCUUUCUCCAUCUCAACAAAGGAUGGUGUUUGCAGAGCAAGAGCGAGAGUUAAGAAGUUGUAAGGUCGCUGGAUAAUAGAAACAUUUUUAUCUUCCCUUCAACAUUAACUAACUAACUCGAACUGGGCAACAAAAUCAAUUACAUCGGAAGAACUGUUCAUUUUCAACUCCAAGUAACCUUUCCCCAUUUGCAUAUAUUAUGGUUUUGCGACACCUUGAAUUGAAUCGAUUUCAACGGGUGUCAAGGAUUUGAGUUCAUCAAAUAUGAUUGGUGUUUAUGUAGUUAGUAAUGACUGCAUUAACAACGCGUACAACGGUAACUGCAAUUACAGGAUUAUGAUCUAACAGACUUAAAAUGUUGUGGAUUGGAUUCUAUUAAUACAUAGAAUGAUUAUUACAUAUCGAUAUUCAGAUGAUUGUGAAUUUCAGCGAGUCUUGCCUUGGGAUCCCAGCGACUUUGUCAUGAAAUUGUAACACUUAAAGCUUUACAAACGUGGAACUUAAAUAGUUGAUGGCAGUAAGUCGACAACUCAAGAGCUGCAAUCUUCGAACUUCGGGAAACAUAAACUGUCAUUUACACAGGCCUUAAUUACUUAACCUGCUUAAAAAUGGAAAUGGAAUGAAUAUGAUGAAAGCGACUUUACCGGAAAAGAGAGCGCAUGCAAGCUGAACGUUCGUGAUAAUGCGAAGACACCAGCAGUCCUGGGGGAAAUCAUUAUCAGCCUGUAUUCUGGCAACAUCAUGGCACAUACAUACAGACAAUUGCGUGACAUCAUGACGAUAUUUGCUCAGGUGAAGCAGAUUUGUUUGCCAGACUUUCGUUACUUCGUGACAAACUGAGAGAUCUAGCUUCUCGUCGUCGUGAUAUCUCUUUGAAAGACAAAUGUUUGUCAUACAGCGUCAACCUUUAAUAAAAAUGACUAUUCGUUGAUAAUCAUGCAACGCAUCGACAGUGGAUGGAUCAGAGUCUAAGUGGCUUUGGAUUGAUAAUGUCUUUAAUUAUGAUAUGAUAUGAUUUUAGCGAUCAAAACACUCGAAUCCGACACCUUGAUGUGAUAAUCUCAAUCGUGAACAAUUAAAAAUAAAUUUGAUCAAUAUUUUUUUUAUGUUUACAUGGUUAUUAUCAUCACAUUUACAGUUAUCUAAUUGCAUAUACCAUCUAAUCAAAAGAUACUUUGGACGAUACUUAACGGAUAUCAACCCGUCUUAGCUGAUAUAUUUUCCCUUAAGAUAACUUGAUUUCCAAAUAAUGCAAAUAAGAGGAUCAAUACGAGAUUUAUUGAGCAUGUUGAGUUAAACUGAUCGCCAGUCACUUGGAGACGGCAGAACCUGGAACGAACGCUUGGGCGUUUUGGCGUUCGUGGCGGCGUUCGUUAAAACGUCAGUUUUACGACUGAUCGACUCAAUUUCUAUCCAUGGAUAUUACUGCUUUACUAUGAAGAGAAAGAUUUAAUCAAUCAGACAUAUGGUCACUUUGGAUGCAUUAUUUCGAAUAAUGGCGAUGAAAUCGGAACUGAGAUCGGCUUAUGGUGGUUGCAAUUUGGACACCAAACUGUCCCUUUUAGAAGUUGGGGGCGAAGGGACAUCGUCAUCGUCUAAGCCGAAGUUGUCGCACAACAACACCCCUUUCUUGCCCAGAAUUCGAGUCGAAGAGUGCGGAUUGACCGUCGAGGCACGGGAUAGAGACUCUUGGAAGCGAUUGAAAGGCACUGGAAUGAGAUGCUGGAAGCCAGGGAAAAGAAGGAAGUCGAAAAAUAAGGGAGAAGAUGACAAGUCCCUCACAAACGCGCCAACACUACCGUUGCGUGACGGGUUUCACACGCAAGAACAAAGGGAAGAGGAAUGCGACGCGCACAGCGUAAAGUCGAGUAGUAGCUCACUUUACCAAUGUCCAACGUCGGCAUUCAUUGGAUCUCUUCAAGUUGGGAGCGUUCCAUUUAGUCAUAGUAGAGCGAGAGAGAAUACCCGGAUGGCUCGCGCAAUCCGAUGGCCGAUCGGUUGUCUUAAAUAUUCGACACCGCACUCAUCAUCGACUUCGGAAGUCAAGACGGACUCGUUGAUGUCGGUUGUCGAAUCUUCGAAACAGCGACUCUUGCCUCUCGUACCCUCGCCUUCUGCACCCUUGAAAACUCCGAGUAAUGUAUCUCCUCGCGAAAGAGUGAUUCUUCAUAAACUUGCUUCUAAGCGAAAACAGCAAUUAUCUCAGCGACUAGGGAAGAACAAUAACGGGACCAACAUCACCGGGUCCUCUCCAGAGAGUCGUCUUCCAUCGCCAAUUGAUUUUGAUCAAUUCCUUCCAACAACUCAUUGUGCUCAUCUUGUUAACAUCACCUCAUCAACGACACAACCAAGCUCGAAAUACAUCUUACGCAGUGACGGUCUUUACGAUAUCAUCGAUGACGCGACGCAAGCGCGUUUAGAAAAGCUUCAUGGGUCGUCAUCCACGGCGUCGUUGUCGUUACCUAUAGAACGGGUGUCCAGUGGGUCGAAUACGAAUACAUCUGGCUACGAAUCGGUCAAAGGAAUCUCGACUCGAACAUUGCAUGGCCACAAAAGGGAUUGCCCACUGUGUAACGACUUUAAGCCGUCUGACGUCGGCCAUUUUUGCCCACCAAAUACGCCGGAUGAUGUCACCAGUCACGCAGACAUUGCACAAUGAAUACUGUUAAGAAUGCAUCGAUUUGGAUGUGUUUCCUUUUUCACCUGAUAUGAACACUUUUGUCCCUUUUAAUUUGAUUGAUCAAGUGAACCAGAAUAAUUCAAAACCAUAUAAACUGAAAACUAUGAAAUCAUAACAACUCGUGUAAUAACGAAUUAUGAUGUUGCUGUAAACUCAUAAUUUGCACUGUUCUUCUGUAACUGCGAUUUCGCAAUUCCAAUCCAUCGUUUACGCAUACUUAUGGUAAAUUUUUAAUUUAAUCAAAAUCUGCAAAUAAUCAUAAAUAAUUGACAACUGAUAUCUCGUGUACACGGUGUAUGAUUGACAUAAAUGAAAUGUACAUGUAUAUUUGACUGGAUUAUGACCUUGGACGAGAAAAGUGAAUUUCAUAUCAUUUAGCGACUCGUAUUUUACCCAAUUGGACAAUUUCUUGAUAUAGCUAGAAAAUAAUUGAAAAUAAAAGUCACAUCGCGGAGACGCUCAUAACAUAUUAGUACUUUCUAUUUAACCGUGGUGCUAUAAAGUUCACGGUUGGACCAAUAUUGUUACAUUUAAAUUCAUGUUACAUUAUUUUCAAAUGCAUUUUAAAAGAUAGUUUCUGAGUAUCGUUUUCAAAUUAUUAUGUUAAUACGUCAUUUUUAGUUGAUAGCAGAAUUUAAUUCGACAACACCCCUCAAUGAUAGCAUUUUCGAAACUUAUUGUGGAUUCCUUGUUUAAUAUUAACAGAGCAUUUUUUUUGUCCUUUUAUCAAGUAUGACUUAUUUGUUUUAUUAACCUCAUUUUCAAGAAUAUUUCAAGAAUAUAUCUCAAUCUUUUAGGAAUAAUAUAGGAGUUUGAAUCACGACGUGAUCGAGAAAUGCCAAUCACUUAAUUUCACAAUGUCAUUUCGCUUAUUCGAGUGGCUACGAUUAUUUUAAAACUUUUCAUGGGCUUUGUCUAUUCCAAUUAUUAUUAUUAUGUAAAUAUCACACUUAAUUGUAUUUUAAACUACCCAGUGUCGAGUUCCAAGCUUGAUUUACCUCCCAUACUAUAAACCGAUAACGUUAUUUUUUUUAACUUGGCGGGACAUUGUAAGGAGUAUACAAAGAAAUGGUUUCUAAGAGAGAGUUGAAUAAUUAAAAAGUCAUAUGAAGUAUAAGUUAUUUUAGUUGCAUAUUCAGUUAAAGUAAUGGCCAUCAAUGUAGUGUAAAAUAACGAAUGAAAAUUUAUGAAUAAAUUAUAUAUCAAGUACUACUCUCA